AUGUCUGCCGAAAAACGCCCCGCUGAGGACGACCCCAGCUCGUCCCAGAUGCUCGUCAAGAGACAAAAUGUGAGCAUGUCAGAGGGUGCGCUGGCGCGAUUGAAUGCGUCGAAUAAUGCUCUUGUUCAAACUAGUGCAAGAACGAGCGCAUUACAAUCUCCAGUGAUGGAGCUCUCAGGACACACUGGAGAGAUUUUCACAGCCAAGUUUGAUCCGACGGGCAAUUUAAUCGCGUCAGGAUCAAUGGAUAGAAGCAUAAUGCUCUGGAGAACGUACGGAGAUUGCGAGAACUACGGCUUCUUAAAUGGCCACAAAGGCGCCAUCCUCAGCCUCCAAUGGUCGCGGGAUUCGGAAAUCUUGUACACUGCUUCGGCGGAUAGACACCUCGCUAGCUGGGAUCUCACCUCGGGCACGAGAAUUCGAAGAUAUAUUGGGCACGAGGAAACCGUCAACACGGUGGACAUUACUCGACGCGGCGAGGACCUUAUCAUCAGCGGUAGCGACGAUUCUACCAUUGGCAUCUGGGAUCCGCGUAGCAAAAACGCGGUCGACUACAUCGAAACCGACUUCCCUGUCACAGCAGUCGCCAUGUCAUCUGCUGGGAAUGAGAUUUUCGCAGGCGGUAUUGACAAUGAUAUUCGGGUUUGGGAUCUGCGCAAGAAGUCGGUGGUGUAUUCUUUGCUGGGACACACGGAAUCCAUCAUGUCGCUCAAGGUGUCGCCUGAUUCGCAAUCAUUGGCGUCGUACGGCAUGGACUCGACGGUUCGGACGUGGGAUAUCCGGCCGUUUGCACCUACGGAGCGACAUAUUCGCACCUUUGACGGGGCGAAUUUCGGCAUGGACCAGAACCUCCUGGGUGUGAGUUGGGAUGCAGAUGGCAAAAAGAUUGCGGCGGCGUCGGCAGACGGGACUGUGGUGGUGUGGUCUAGUGAGAAUGGCAAGUUGUUGUACAAGUUGCCUGGACACAAGGGCACGGUUAAUUCCGCAGAGUUUGCGCCAGGCGGUGAACCAAUUUUGCUUUCUGCUUCGUCGGACAGAACGAUGCUGCUGGGAGAGUUGAAAUGA